GCUCAAACCAUGAAUUACGUCGGGCAGCUGGCGGGCCAGGUGUUCGUCACCGUGAAGGAACUCUACAAGGGGCUGAACCCCGCCACCUUGUCUGGCUGUAUUGACAUCAUUGUUGUCCGCCAGCCCAACGGGAGCCUUCAGUGCUCCCCUUUCCAUGUCCGCUUUGGGAAGAUGGGGGUCCUGCGCUCCCGAGAGAAAGUGGUUGACAUAGAAAUCAACGGGGAAUCGGUGGACUUGCACAUGAAAUUGGGAGAUAAUGGAGAAGCAUUUUUUGUUCAAGAGACUGAUAAUGAUCAGGAGGUGAUCCCCAUGCACCUGGCCACCUCCCCUAUCUUGUCCGACGGAGCCUCGCUGAUGGAAUGCCAGCUGAAAAGGAACUCUGUAGACAGGAUAAGAAGCCUGGACCCCAACACAUCAGCCCAAGUCUCACCUCCCAGUGAGACCCCUUUAAGUGGCUCUCUAGUGAAGAAGAGAAGAAAGAGGAGGAGAAAGUCCCAGCUGGACAGCCUGAAAAGAGACGACAAUGCCAACACCUCUGAAGACGAAGACAUGUUUCCCAUAGAAAUGAGUUCCGAUGAGGAGACGGACCCGCCGGACAAUGGCAGAACUCUUUCCAGUGAUAUGCCUCCAUUCCAAGAAGAUCUUCCUAAGGAAAACGUCUCCCCAGUCAUGCCUUAUUCUCAGUCAGCCUCAUACCCUAAUUCUGAUAGAGAAUGGUCACCAAACUCCAGUAGCCUGCUAGAUUGCAAAAGGACGCCCCCUGACCUUGGCGCCGUGGCCGAGGGCGGGCUGUCUAGCUCCUGCCCUCCGCAGUCGUCUCACUUCCAUGCUUCGGAAAGUCCUUCAGGUUCCCGACCUUCAACACCUAAAAGUGAUUCAGAGUUGGUCAGUCGGUCUGCGGACAGGGCCCUGCAGAAGAAUAACCUAGAAAUGCUCUGGCUGUGGGGAGAGUUGCCGCAAGCCGCAAAAGGGGAUGAGAAGGACCCCGACACUGUGGACGUUGGCUCCUUUAACCCCCACAACAGCUUCAUGAGAAAGGAGAUGUGGAACGGAAAGCCCCCCAGGGCUGCAGCGGAUGUGCCUGCGGAGGCUGUCGGCCUGGAGGACGCCGGAAUAAAGCAUGAAUCAUCCUCCAGUGAUGAAGAGCAUGCAGCCGCCAAGCCGUCAGGUGCAAGCCACCUCCCUCUGCUGUCCAACGUCAGCUACAAGAAGACCCUCCGGCUCACUUCGGAGCAGCUGAGUGCCUGCGGCCCCCUGGCCACCUCCCCUUUUGACACCCCGCGUUUCCACCCUGACAUCGGCGCCUGUCCAGGCCGGCUCAACAUCACUGCCCCUUUGUCUUCUCUGACGAAGCCCUGGAGGUUCCUGUGUUCAAAAAAUCUGGGUCAAGUUAGCGUUACCCUUGGAAGUAGGAAGCCGGUGCAGGAGCGUGUGAGCUGCAUUGUAAGUGGGUCUGUAAGGAGAGCUGGACUUCAGGUUGCCCAGAUCCUGGAACGGACCCUGCUUGUCAAGAGCAAGAUAGGNUCGCCUUCUAGGAGAAAAGACAAACGGAGCAGGCAUCUUGGUGCUGAUGGCGUCUACCUGGAUGACCUCACAGACAUGGACCCCGAAGUGGCUGCCCUGUAUUUUCCCAAAAACGGAGAUCCUUCUGGGCUCCCCAAACAGGCUGACAACGGAACCCGGUCAGCCAACCAGUCCCCGCAGUCCGUGGGCAGCUCUGGCGUUGACAGUGGCGUGGAGAGCACCUCAGACGGCCUGCGGGACCUGCCGUCCAUCGCGAUCUCACUCUGCGGGGGCCUCAGUGACAACAGGGAGAUAACCAAAGACUCAUUUCUCGGGGAACAUACCUUCCGAAGGUGUUCCGAGGAGGGAGCACAGCAAGUAAAUGACAGCAGCGUGCAUUCACAGUCACACUUUCUAGAAUGCGGCCUUUCUCGUGUGAGGGAACUUGACCCAGUUCCGUUCUUCAUGAAGCUCAGGGUUUGUGACUGCAAACAGGUUCCCUUGUGUGAGGCCAUUAAAUGUGAACGUUUUGUCUCUUUCAGAAACGGAUAUAAGUUUCUCUACUGUUCUGCGCGUGCCAUCGGGAUGGCAGACAUGACGAGGGGCUACCUGCACUGGGUCAACGAGAGGGGGACAGUGCUGCCACAGGGGCCCCUGCUGCUGAGCCCCAGCAGCCUCUUCUCCGCCUUGCACAGAGAAGUGAUUGAAAAGAAGCCAGAAAAGUUUAAAGUGCAGUGUUUGACAGACAUCAAGAACCUGUUUUUUCCCAAUACGGAACCUUUUUAUGCUGCUUUUGGAAACCGACCGGCUGAUGUGUAUUCGUACAAGCAAGUAGGAGUGUCUUUGAACAGAAUAUUCACUGUCAAUCCCAAAGGAGAGCUCGUGCAGGAGCACGCAAAGACCAACAUCUCCUCGUACGUGAGACUCUGCGAAGUGGUUGACCACGUUUUCCCCUUGCUGAAAAGAAGCCAUUCUUCGGACUUCCCCUGCUCAGACACUUUCAGCAAUUUCACCUUUUGGAGAGAGCCACUGCCGCCUUUUGAAAACCAGGACGUUCAUUCUGCCUCAGCAUGAAGUGUUCCCAGCAACCUCCUGAUAUCAUACGAAGACCGGGCCCCCCCAUUAAAGGAUAGGUUUCCGGGGGCCGAGGAGCAGAGCUCAGGAGCCUGGUGUGCAGUCAUUUGCUUAGGAGCCGCGAGAGCUGAGAUGCUUUCUGUGCCUCCCCGCUGCCCCGGGGGCUGACAUGUCUGAGUGACAUCUGAACGGUGUACUCUACAGGCCAGGAGUCACAGGCGUUAAUGGUGUGGGGGGAAUUCCUCGGUUGUGGCUCAAAGCCAGUGGCAACGCUGCCUUUUCGGCCUGCUCCAGUGUGUUACCGGCUAAUGGGCGCUGUGACCCUGUGGAAGUUGAGCAGAGGUGGCUGCCACGGGUUCCCGCUGAUGACAGUAUCAACUGAGGAACGCCUGAUGUGCAUGACUUUCAGUAGAGUAGGGCCACGGUUCCAUUAUGGUGGUUCGUACCACCAGUUCUGCACACGGCGGGGGGGUGUCCGUGUGGGGUCACAUGACCCGAGUCUGAGGACUCGGAAGGGACUCCAAACAGGGCUUUGGCCUUGUGGAGGAGGUUCCCUUGCAGUAUUUGCCGACCAAUCUAAUUCUUUAGGUGAUAAGUUUUUCUUUAAUUCCUUUGGCUAAACAUAACCGAUGUGAACAGCAUAUCCCUCCCCCAACCCCCACCCCCUUUUUCCUUUUUUGUGGCUCAAGGCUGGAGUUUUUAUGCCUUAAUGCACCUGUGGCAGACAUUUUAUUUCGAAUGUGCUUUGCCUAGCUCUUUGUAACUUUGCAAUGCCUUAAGCUCGGACUGUAGGAAAUAUUACUAAGACAGUGUUUGGGGUCCGUUCAACACUGUGCCAGCAGCCUUUUAUCCAGCAAGGUGGUGCUGAAAAUGUGAACUUGAACAGAGCUGAUGCCAAAUGGUAAUUGGAGCUCUCAAAAGAAACUGGUUGGUUUUAAGACAAUAGUUUUAAGAAGUUAAAUUAUAUUCUCUGUAGAUAUUAUUAUUUAUUACUUUACUCUGAGUUAUUGUUAUAAGCGUUUUAGCCAUAUUCUAUUAUAACUGUCACUGACACAUUAAAAAGAUAUACGUUAGACUACCCAAAGAGCCUUAUUCUAUAUAUCUUACAACACUGACCUUCUUUUGAGAUUUAUGAGUGGCAUGUUUUAUUUUCCUUAGCUCUUCCACCCAAGGGCGAGAGCAUGUAAUAAUUUGAAUGACGUUCUUUAAGCCGGUAGAAGAUGAUUCUCUUACUUGUUGAUUAAAUUGGCUUGUGAAGAGAACAACUCGAAAAGUGAAAGAAUUAUUUUGGUAAAAAAAUUUGCUUUACUUUUUGAAAUGUUAUUUUUCUAAAGUGCAUUUUACUCCACUGAUUGAAAUGAUUUCCUAUUUAAAUUGCCUUGCUAGAGUCACAGGAGGCAAAAAAAAAAAAUGGAACAGUUGAAUAAAAUUUUACUCUUUCUGUGAAAGAAGACGCAGAGGUGUUGCCUGCGCGCAGUUGGUGGGCUGUUAGCAGUUGGGUGCCUUUUAUGAACGGUCCGUGUGCCACACAGAGAAAGGCAAACAUACGUGUGCAGUCGAUCGCGCAUUUGCACAGAAACAGACACGCAUGCGCAGAUUCCCUUUUUUGCGGCAUUACGAAUAGUUAAAAAUAGCCCUACCUUCACUCCUCUGGGCUUAUUCAUUAGUAACCCUUAGAGGCUACAUGAAUUCUUUCUGUCACAGGGUGUUCUGGGGGUGAAUUUUAACUGUUGCAAAGUAAGUGUAGGUUUGCGGAGGCUGACGGUGGCUUCUUGCGCUGGGAGGAGUCUGGCUGUGAGUGGGUCGCGUACCCCUCCUGCCAUGGCCGUCGCCAGGCCGAGCGGCUGUCGUCCACGCUCCACGCAGGUGUGACAGCAGCCCCCUUACGCUUCACAGCGCCGCACGCUGAACCAGAGCACGCCUGCCUUCCAGAAACGUCAGGCUCAGAUCUGUGCCAAGUGCAGAGUGUGACCCCCAGAGAGGCUGUAACAUUCACACCUGCCUUGUGGCUUUGGAAAAGGAGAUGUGUACGUGGGCAGCACUCACACAUAUGCGGGUUGGCUUAUCGGUGGUGACACAACUAUAACCAACAACCCCACCGUCACGUGCUGGAGCGCUGCCCUCGGAACACACAUUUCCAGGUUGCCCUACGGCAGCGAGUCACUCCCUAGUGACGACAAGUCCUCAGGUGUUCACCACAUGUGAUGGGGAAAAACAUACAUACUUGGCACAUUGCAGAAAUGAUCGCACCUCCAAAGAGAAUUCCAUUCUCAAGUCUAGGUUUGGCGCACUACUUUAAGUGUAUUUUUAUUUACAGCACUUGGUCUGUAUGUGUAUAUGCUGGUGCGAUGAUAAACUCCCUGUAAUACUUCAUUGUGUUGUGCUGGAUGCAAAGCUAGAAAAUAUUGUAAUAAACGAGAUCGAUGAAAGACUUGUCUGAAAA